AUGGACCAAGAAAAACCAUUCAAGACGAUUGAAGUAAUCGACUCUCGGACGAAACAAGUCUGUAAAGUGGCUUGCAUGUCAUGUAUCCGAGGCCAUCGAACAACUCAAUGCGGCAUUCCAGUCUGCCGAACCAAAGUCUUCUGGACGGUGAAACGACCCGGUCGACCUUCCAAUUCAUGCACUUGUCGAUAUGGAGCUACAGGCGGCUGCAAAUGUGUCGUUGCAAAGUCAGCUUGCCCGCAUAAAGCGAAGAAGGGUGAGAAGCGGACUGGAGAGUGUCGCUGUGAUGAACAGGGACGGUAUUGUUGUCUUCUGGAGCCGGAGCACUGGACAGCUCUGCAUGCUCUGCAGAAGCCGACUGUGAACUUCUUUCCCACCAGAGAACUUCUCGACGAGAACCAAGCUGGCUCGAAUUACACGUCUUCCGUUCCCCAAACUCCAACAUAUCCUCUAAGAAGCCCGCCAUCUACGAAUAGCGUUCCAAGAACUCCCAUCAACACCAUAAAUAACGGCUAUGGCAAUUACCCAUCAAUGCAAUCAAGCUCAUUGACUCCGCGAUUCGGUCUGAUGGACGUUGGCGCACAUCUGCAGCCCACACAUUCUCACCUUCCCGACUUACUACCAUGGGAGGGACAUGCUCCACCCACCCCCCGAGAGAUCRUUUUGCCACCCGUGUAUGAAAGCGUGCAAGCCGAGCGAAGCUCCUGUUGCCAGCAAUCAACCCCACAAACCCAGAGCAUACAUUCGCCACUGGAGCCCCGAACCCUCUCCUUUUCCCAGGCCAACUCUCUCCAAGAUCUGUCAUCCUAUAACCACAGAGUCGACUCCGUUAGCCUCCCACCUACCCUACCACCAGUCUACGAAACACCCCCAUUCGAUUUCAGCAGAAUGCAAGCACAAUACUACGCCAACCAGUUCCCCAACGCCAUGUGCCAGAGUUGCGGUCUUUCAGGAUGUACAUGCCGCAACUGUCCCCCGAUCUUCCAGAAUUUCGCCAGUACAAGUUGGGCGCAAUGUUGUGGGAGGAAACACGCCAUGGAUAUGCAACCGAGUAGUACCGCUCCCCCAGCAACGAAGAUGUUGAGGAGGGAAGGGGAUGACGGGGAAAGUUUGAGAGUACAGGCUGCUCCUCCUCCUCCUUCUCAUCAUGGAUCUGCCGUGUCAUCGUAUUUGCCGCCGGAAAGCUUGUUUGGGGGAAACGGACAAUACUCCGAAACAUUCCCCACCAACCUGGAUGCGCAUCAUCAUCAACCUCGGCCGCCGAAUCUUCAUUCUUCUCACCAACCGUCGGGAUUUGACGCUUUUGAUUUGGACUCCGAGUUGCUGAUACCGGAUACAGGACAGCAUUUGGAUAUUAGCGAGUUUCUUUUGUCGGAUUUGGAUCGUGGGAGGAGUGAGGCUGCAGGGAGAGGGGAAGGGGGAAAUGAUCGUGGAGCAGAGGGCAUCUGCGAUACUGGAGAUGGAAGGGAUAGGGUGGAAGAUCAAGGAGGUGGAGGAGGAGGAGGAUGUUGUUGUCGAUGA